GAGCAGCACAUCUCCCCCGAGAGCAGAUAAGACACCUGUCACACUUUGCUGUCUCCUUUGCUGCCUGCCACAGCGAGAGCUCUCCCGACUCCUUUCUGCAUCCAAAUAGCAUGGAAAUCAGUCGCUUUUUGCUGGGAUUAUGUGCCUUUUUCCACUUUUUCCACACUGUUUCAGCAGAGUCUACAUGCAAGCUGAAGGCCAAGUUCAACCUGAGCGGUUACAAGGAUGUGGAAAAGAAGAAGGUGGUCAUUGGGGGGAUGUUUCCCGUGCACAAGCGCAUCUUGUCCAGUGAUGGCAACACUUCAAGGGUGCCUGUGUCCUCGGGGUGUGAAGGGUUUAACUUCCGUACCUUCCGCUGGACUCAGACCAUGCUGUUCGCCAUCAAUGAAAUUAACAAGAGGGACGACCUGCUGCCCGACACUGACCUGGGCUACGUCAUCUAUGACUCCUGUUUUACCAUCUCCAAGGCCGUGGAGGGCACCCUCACCUACCUGACAGGCCAAGACGAGGCUGUACCCAACUACCGCUGUGGGACUGGGGCACCUCUGGCUGCUCUAGUGGGUGCCGGGGGCUCCGACCUGUCCAUCGCCACUGCCAGGAUACUGGGACUCUAUCACUUCCCGCAGGUCAGCUACUGUUCAUCAUGUUCUGCCCUGGAGAGUAAGUUCCAGUUCCCCACCUUCCUGAGGACCAUCCCCAAUGACAAACAUCAGUCUACAGCUAUGGCCCAGCUGGUGCUGCACUUCGGCUGGACCUGGGUUGGCACCAUAGCUGCUGACGAUGAUUAUGGCAAGUAUGGCAUCAAAGACUUUAAGGAGCAGGUGGAGGAGGCCGGCGUGUGCAUCUCCUUUUCUGAAACACUGCCUAAGGUGAAUUCCCCAGAGAGCAUCCAGCGUAUUGUUGAAACCGUAGUUGCGUCCACGGCCAACAUCAUCGUGGUCUUCUCAUCAGAUGUAGACCUUAGUCCUCUCAUCCUGGAGUUGCUCCACCACAAUGUGACAAACCGCACCUGGAUCGCCAGCGAGGCCUGGGUCACCUCCGCCCUCAUCAACCAGCCUGGGGUGAACUCAGUGCUGGAUGGCACCCUGGGCUUUGGGGUGAAGAGGGCAGACAUCCCUGGUCUUCAGCGCCAUCUGCUGGAGCUGGACCCCUAUGCUGACCCUCUCACUGAGGAAUUCUGGGAGACGUUGUUUAACUGCACAUUGGACUAUGGCAAAGCUCUUCGGCAGGCCAAACAGAAGGCCAAGGAGCUUAACGGGACACUAUCCAGGGCGGCGAGGGGGGUUGCUGAUGGGCUGUGUACAGGAAGUGAGUCUCUGGGGAAGCUCAACAACACGUACUCUGACAUCUCCCAGUUACGAAUAACCUACAGUGUGUACAAAGCCGUGUACGCUGUUGCCCAUGCCUUGCACAACCUGGAGCACUGUGAGCCUGGAAAGGGGCCAUUCAGUGGGAAUAGCUGUGCUGACAUCACCAACUUUGAGCCAUGGCAGCUGAUGUACUACCUGAAGAACGUCCGUUUUAAAGUGCCGAACACGGAUGAGGAGAUCUACUUUACUGAGGGGGAUGUGGAGGGCUUCUAUGACAUCAUUAAUUGGCAUUUCAAUAGUAAUGGGGAAAUAUCAUAUGUCACUGUGGGACACUACAAUGGCUCAGCCGUCCCAGAGGACAGGAUGACCAUAAUGAACGACUCCAUUGUGUGGAACAAUAAGGUGUUGGAGCCUCCUCGGUCAGUGUGCAGUGAGAACUGUCAGCCCGGGACCAGGAAGGGGAUUCGGCAGGGAGAGCCAGUCUGCUGCUUUGACUGUAUCCCAUGUGCCGAUGGAGAAAUCAGCAACACAAUAAACGCCCGUGAAUGUAUCCUGUGCAGCGGGGACUACUGGUCCAAUGAAGCUCACGACACCUGCGUGCCCAAAAUCAUUGAGUUCUUGGCCUUUGGAGAGCCACUAGGGAUCACUCUCAUCGUCAUCUCUGCUUUCGGAGCCCUAGUCACCAUCGCUGUUGGGGUGGUGUUUAUUGUGAAUAUUGGCACUCCUCUGGUGAAAGCCAAUGAUGCUCUGUUGAGUUUCUCAUUGCUCUUCUCGCUGGUGGUGACCUUCCUCUGCUCCAUCGUCUUCCUCGGAGAGCCUCAGAAGUGGAGCUGCAUGACCAGCCAAGUAGCUCUGGCUCUGGGCUUUGCUCUCUGCCUUUCCUCCAUCAUGGGAAAAGCGGCAGUGUUGAUGAUGCGAGCCCAGGCUCUGAAAGCGGCCCGCACCAGAGCCAAAGCGGCUGCCAAAGCUGCAAAGGCUGCAGCUGAGGCGGCUGCCAACAGUGGCAGUCCUGAUGUCAUUGUAACAAACACAAACAACAACAAUGAUGUCACUGUCUCUGCUAACCCUGAAGUUGACACUCUCACCUUUGCCCACCAGAGGGCGAUAGCUGCUGCGGCAACAUUAAUACAGGCUGUAGCAUGUACAGUGUGGCUCAUCAUCCUCCCUCCAUACCCUGUCAAGAACACUUCCGCCCAGAAUAUAAAGAUCAUUCUUGAGUGCGACGAAGGCUCUGUGGUCUUCAUCUGUUGUAUCUUUGCCUACGACAUCCUGUUGGCUCUGCUGGCCUUCAUCUUUGCCUUCAUAGCCCGGAAACUGGAGGACCACUUCAGUGAGGCGAAGAGUAUGACCUUCGGCAUGCUGGUCUUCUUCAUCGUGUGGAUCUCCUUUGUCCCGGCUUACCUCAGCACACGUGGCAAGUUCAUGGUGGCCGUCCAGAUUUUCGCCAUCCUGGCUUCCAGCUUUGGCCUGCUGACCUGCAUCUUCCUGCCCAAGUGCUACGUUCUUUUGGUCAAACCUGAACGCAACACUGAGGAGAUGAUAAGGCCUCACACCAAACCACGUGAUGGGACUUCAACUGGGACCUCAGCUUCACUCAAUACAGCUGCUACUGAGGUCAAUGCUACGGCAGUCAUUGAUGAUUAGUGAAGAAGUGCUAAGAACUAACUGAGUCACAAUAAAUAAAACUGUAAACAAUGCAGCUGGUGAAUUUACCACUGCUUCAUUUGGCAGCUGGUCCAGCUGAUUAGGAUUUAUAUUACAAUCAUCAUGUUUUGUCUAUAAUUCACAGAACAAUAUAUUAUAUACAAAAUAUUGUACAUUUACUCUGAUUGGACUGAAGGUGUAGCUUCACAUGAGUUAGAUGUAGCUAAUUCAAUAAGCAAUAUCCAUGAGGAAACACAACUGCUACCUCAACGAUUACUCAAAAUCACUAAAACGCAUUAAAAAUAUGUUACUUCUGUCAAAUCUAUUGUCCCAAUAUGCAAAAAAUACUUCAAUAAUUAGUCACAGUGCAUGAUGGGUUUCAGUUAUAAGUCAGUAGUGAGUUCAGACACAAAAAAAUCAUGCUGCAUCCUUAGAAGAGUUAUUUAACUUUGACUUUACUUGCUUUACCAUGAUGUCUGUAAGUCAUCUGAUAUUUUAAUAAGUCUCUGAUAUUUUAACAAAUUCAGAUUCUAACUGUCAGAGAUGCUUUUGUUCCCUUAGAUUGUUCACUUUGUUCUGUUGUCAUUUUAUCUAAGAAAUCUAAGUAAAAAAUAUUCACACAUAAAUAAAAUGAAUGUAACUCUAUUGGCAUAAUUCAUAUUAACAAUGUAAUAAAUCUUAUUUUCAGUCAUGAAUAAGUAUUGUUGUUGUCAAUGCAAAAACAUUCUAGAAAUACAUUUUAUUUAAUCAUUUUAAGUAAUUUACUGACUGUCAAAUAUUUGGUAAUAUGCAAGUCAAUAUAUUGUGUUGUAUUACACAAAUCAGAAAUAAUCUUCUCAUAGUUCAGCUGUUUCAGUACAUUGUCUGC